AUGAAGAAAACACGUGGUGGUGCGGCGGCUGCGGCUGCCGUCCCCGACGCGUGGGAGGACGACGACUGGGAGACGCAGGCCGACAAGGCCGCCGCGCAGGACGAUGCCUCCAAGCACGACGCCGAGGACAAUGCCCCCGGCGGUGCCCCCCUCACCAAGACGGAACGCCUUGCGCAGCAUGUCGAGUCGAACCGCAAGCUCUGGGAGUCGGCCGAAACCCCACAGCAGACGUUCCACUUCCUCGAGGCGAGCAGCAACGUGCCGCUCACGUCCUCGUUCAAGCCUCAGGUCAAGGUCCUCAGCCGCAAGCCCGUCAUCGCGCGGCGCGGCGACCCCGCCUCGGGCAUGGCCAAUCUGUCCGUCAACGACGACGACGACGAUGGGGAAAAGAAGGAGGUCCAGCUGACGCCCGAGGAGAUCCGCGCCAAGCAGAAGCGCGACCGCGAGGAGAAGCAGCGCAGGUACGACGAGGCGAGGGCUAAGAUCUUUGGCGAGUCGGCCCCCUCGUCGCGCGGCUCGUCGCCCGGCACGGGCACCACCACGCCCCCGCGCCUGGACGGCGGCAGGCAUCCCGGGCAGGGCCGCGGCCGUGGGCGCGGAGGCGGCGCGGGACGGGCCGGAGGUGGCGGAGCGGGUGUUGAGAGCCGUCAGACGCAGGAUCUGCGGCGGAACACUGCUGCUCAGAACGGGCCAGCGACACGGGAGCUGUACGACCCGAAUCACUCCACCAGGCCGGACACCGGACCGCUACGGAGGGGGGUUGGCGCGGACGGAGAUUCUUCGACGAGGAGUCCACCGCCCAAGGACGAUGCCUACCAGCCGAUUCGUGCACCGCGCGGGCCGGAUGGCAGCGGACGAGGCUUUGGGUUUGCGCGACGAGGCGCCAGGGGAAGUUGA